AUGGGGAACAAAGCACUCGACGUGAACAGUGUGUUCGAACAGGCUGACCUCGGCAUCACUGUACGAGGCUCAGACUGGAUCUUCACCGUCUGUUCCAUAAUGGGUGCGUGCUGUCUGGCAGUCAUUGGCCACUCUUUUACACGCCCGGCACACCAAAGGCUGUUCCAUCAGCUCAUCAUGGUUGCGCUCUUCGUUGGCUGUGUCUCCAACUUCGCCGUGGGCUCGAACUUGGGACAAGUCCCCAUCCAGGUCGAGUUCGCCCGAGGUGGCAAGGUGGUGGCUGCUGGUACCCGAGAGAUCUUCUAUGCUCGCUACAUCGACUGGUUCAUCACCACACCUCUCCUCCUCUCGGCACUCCUCCUGACGGCAAGCGUCUCUUGGUCUACCUUGCUGGCUGUCAUCUUGGUUGACGAGAUUAUGGUCGUCUGCUACUUGCUUGGUGCACUUACUCAGACUACCUACAAAUGGGGGUUCUGGACCUUUGGCGUUGCUGCGUUCCUAUAUGUCGCCUACUCUGUGCUCAUUGUUGGACGCCGUGGUGCGAACAGCAUCGGGGGAGCCGUCAGGACCAUCUACAACGUCUCUGGCAUUGUCCUCAUCACCACCCUUCUUCUGUACCCCAUCGCUUUCGGUUGCUCCGAAGGCGGCAAUGUCAUCCACCCAGACUCAGAGGCCAUCUUCUACGGUAUUCUGGACCUCCUCGCCAAGGUUGUCUUCCCAUUCCUCCUUCUCUGGGGCCAUCGCAACAUCAGCUUCGAGAGCCUGGGGCUGAACACCACGGAAGCCGGCCGCCCUGUUGUCCGCGAGAAGGGGGACUACCACGCCAGCGGCAUAGACGGAGUGGGAAAUGGUGUCGACACCCAGCCCACAACCGCCAAUGGGGCCAACGGAACAACCACUGCAGUUUAG